AGAGCGAGAUCUCCCGCGCCCCCGCCCGCCGCCCCCGGCCGCGGCCCCACCGGCCCCGCCAACGGUCCCGCCCGCCGCCGCGGCCCCGCCACGGCCUGCCCCCGCCCCCGCCCGGCCCUCCUCCGCGUCCCGGCGCCGGGGGCCGCCUGCCUGGCCGGAGGGGCGCGCGGUCCCGGCUCCCCGGUGAGCAGCGGCCUGGCGGAGCGGGCCGGGCCGGUCGCGGCCGUUGUCACUGCCUCGUUGCAGCCCCCGGCGCCUCCCUGGGCCGCGCGUGGUGCGUAUGGCCGGGGCCGGGCGUCCGGGCGCCCCCCGGGCGGGGGUCAGGCGCGCCCCGCGCCCUAGCACCAGGUUUCCGUUAGCCGUCGGGGGCGCCGGGUGAGGCGGGCCGCGCGCUCGCCGUUGACCCGGGAGGGGAGCCGCGGGCACCACGACGCAAGGCCGCCGAGGAGCCCACGCGCCGGCCGAGCGAGCGCCCGGCAGGAGAGGACGGGUGCCCCCGACUCGGACCGCGGGAUCGUCCUCUGCAGACCAGCGACCUGUAGCUGUGAAGUUGCGUCCUGCUGGGGUUGCUCUUCCCCGGAUAGUUGGGAAACUUGAACCGUACGGCCCCCCACGCUCAUGUAUGCCAUCAGCAUCGUCCCGUUGUCGACUUUUAAUUUUUUCCUACCUCCCGAGUUACUAACGUGAGAUGGAGCACCGACGAUCAAGGACGCUUACAGUUCUCAUUUGCUAAUGGUUUCACAAAGGAAAACAAGGAAAAAAAAGAAGUUGUAUGGUAUCUGUAACUUGGAUUUUCAAACUGGCCACCAGUUAAUCUGCAUUUAAAGGACACAGAUUCAGCAUGACCACACAGUUUCAAAAUAGGCCUGACAGGUUCUCCUAAAUCAGUAAGUGUGGCCUGCCUGACCCCGAGGCCCUGGAGCAGUUCCCGGGGUCGAAGGUUAAAGAGCAAAGAGAACACCCCAGUCGGACGCAGGCCCCAGCAUGUGCAGAACGUGACUCUGGUGACUGAAGCCCAGUCAAGCUGUGACUUUCUUCUUGUCCUGAUUGCCCACCAUUGGACCAUUCUGGAUGAUGUCGGAACAGGACCUGGCGGAUGUGGUUCAGAUUACAGUGGAGGAUUUGAGUCCUGACCACCCAGCUGUAUUGGAGAAUCAGGUAGUGACAGAUGAAGAUGAGCCUGAUUUGAAACGCCAGCGACUAGAAAUCAAUUGCCAGGAUCCUUCUAUAAAGUCAUUCCUGUAUUCCAUUAACCAGACAAUAUGCUUGCGAUUGGAUAGCAUUGAGGCCAAGCUGCAAGCUCUAGAGGCUGCUUGUAAAUCGUUAGAAGAAAAACUGGAUCUGGUCACGAACAAACAGCACAGCCCCAUCCAAGUGCCCAUGGUGGCCGGCUCCCCGCUCGGUGCUACGCAGACGUGCAACAAAGUGCGAUGCGUCGUCCCCCAGACUACAGUAAUUCUCAACAGUGACCGGCAGAGCGCCAGUGUAGCCAAGAUGGACGGCCCCGUGAGCAACAGGGCUCCGGAUCCCCUGGAGAGUAUCGUUAGCAAUGCGGUGCCUGGGCGCCGGCAGAGCACCAUCGUGGUGAGGACACCCGGCCAGGACGACGGCCACCACGAGGAUGGGGAGAGCGGGUCCGAGGCCAGCGACUCCGUCUCCACGUGUGGACAGUCCGGGGGCCAGAGCAUCGGGAACAACGUGACCCUCAUCACCCUGAACUCAGAAGAGGACUACCCCAAUGGGACCUGGCUGGGUGACGAGAACAACCCUGAGAUGCGGGUGCGCUGUGCCAUCAUCCCGUCCGACAUGCUGCACAUCAGCACCAACUGCCGCACUGCAGAGAAGAUGGCGCUGACGCUGCUGGACUACCUCUUCCACCGCGAGGUGCAGGCCGUCUCCAACCUCUCAGGGCAGGGCAAGCACGGCAAGAAACAGCUCGACCCCCUCACCAUCUACGGGAUCCGGUGUCACCUUUUCUAUAAAUUUGGAAUCACAGAAUCCGACUGGUAUCGGAUCAAACAGAGCAUUGACUCCAAAUGUCGGACAGCCUGGCGGCGGAAACAGCGAGGCCAGAGUCUGGCGGUCAAGAGCUUCUCCCGGAGAACGCCGUCCUCGUCGUCGUACAGCAGUUCAGAGACGAUUCUGAGCACGCCGCCGCCCGCCACCGAGGUCCAGCAGCCCCAGGCCCAGGCCUUGCACUACACCCUGGCCAACGCCCAGCAGGUCCAGAUCCACCAGAUUGGAGAAGACGGACAGGUCCAAGUAGGACACCUCCACAUUGCCCAGGUGCCUCAAGGGGAGCAGGUGCAGAUCAUGCAGGACAGCGAGGGCAAUCUACAGAUACACCACGUCGGACAGGAUGGGCAGGUGCUGCAGGGGGCCCAGCUCAUCGCCGUGGCCUCUUCGGACCCUGCCGCAGCCGGAGUUGAUGGGUCGCCUCUCCAGGCCAGCGACAUCCAGGUCCAGUAUGUGCAGCUGGCGCCAGUGACUGACCACACCGGUGCAGCUCAGCAGCUGCCCCUGUGCCUGCUUCCCGCAGCCAAAGCCACCGUGCAGGGGACACUGGGACAGUGUCUAUGAGAAGAAAAAUGAUAAUUGAGAUCCUAGGCGGCCGAGGCCCUGCAGCCCGAGGUGCAGCUGGACCACGGAGCCAUCCAGAUCCAGUGAGGGCCGCCGGGGCCGCGACCUGCCCGGAGCACCCGACAGCCUCCUCCCCCAGGAGCGCACCCUAACUGGUUAAGAAGAUGCAGACAACAAGCUGUGUCCGCCAGAGGCCCCUUCCCUGGGAGCCACACUCGGCGCCCAGAGAGUGACGGAUGACGGCGCAGGUUGUUGCAAGUGCAGACAAGAAAAUCAAGAACUGGAAUAUUUUUCUCUGUUAAACAGCUUUUUGUAAUUUGCUAUGGUGUUUAUAACAAAAAAGAAAAUUGGAAAAAAAAGUGGAGUAGCAAAACCGUUUGCUGGUGUGUGCAGUUCAGUGUCACAAAAAUAGGCAUUUGCAAAAGACAGCUAACGAUUUUGAUGGAAAUAUUGCUUACCUACUUUUCUAGGGGGAAAUGCUCUCCAACACUGUAAUUAUGCAUUUCUAAUAAAAUACCGUGUAUUUAUGA